AGCAUGAACAGACCCAAUAAGACAUAAAUUUCUGCCUCUCUUACAGGUUUCCGUGCCCAUCAGGCAACCUGAUUAAUAAUUGACGCCCACAUAUACACUGUUCUUUGCAUAUGUUGGUUUAUUUGAUAGUUGUGCUGCCCCUCGAGGUCCAACACUGGCCAUGAAAUUUUUCGUCCCUUAUAGUUUUCCAGGUUUUCCCAAACAAAAUCUUGAGUGAUACUGUCGUCUUCAUCACUGCCAUCAUUCACCACACGAAGAAGAGCAUCAACCUCCAUUUCAUUGUCAGUGUCGGAUUCUGAAUAUAAUCAGCUUCCUUCUGAUUCACUUAGAAGUAAAGAUUCUCCCAUUUUUUCAUCUUGCAACACGGCUGAUUGCUUCUUGGCAAUGCCUGCCAGGGCUGCUACAUGCAAAGUGCAUUAUUCGUAUUUAUAGAGCAGAAGGGAAUGUACAGCAGAAGCAUUCAUACAUAUACCGAGUGUUCAUUGUGCAGUCCUAGUAGCUUCUCUGUACAUUGUCAUGGCACAUGCUAUAGGAGCAGCUGACUAACUGAAGAACUGAAGGCCAUUCAUUCGGUGAUCACCUGAUCAGUGAGCAGGUCAGUGUUGUCAGUGUUACAACAUAAAAGUCUUAUAUAAGCUUCUAUCUUUAGUGCCCUGCUCUGUGUCUUUAUGGAUCAUGUGAGAUACAAUUGAGAAUAAAGAGGUUUCAUUUAUGAUUGUUAUGUGAAGAAAAGAAAGUCAUACAAAUUGUGCAGGAGAAAAUUUCCCGAAACAACAUGUCCAUCUGGAGAUGCAGUUUCCAAAUUAGUGAAGAAAGUUUGAACCCACUGCAUUUUAAUUGACAGAAAGCUGUUAAGAAGAAGUCAUGUUUUAACUGAGGAAAAACUUGAUGACAUCAGUCAUUGAUUAGAAAAUUGUCCUGGAAAAUCUUUGCAGUGAUUAGCAAAACAAAGUGAUAUUUCUGUAGGCAGUGCGUAGAAUGCAACUAAAUUGUUGCAUGUUUGUCAGUAUAAAAUUACUAUUGUUCCUAAAAUUAGACCUGUGGAUUAUGAAAAAAAGAGUGAGGUUUUGUAAUUGGUUUAUCAGUCGUGUGCAUGACAGACUUAUUGACCCUAAGCUGACAUUUUUUACAGAUGAGGCUAAUUUUAAUCUCUGGGGAUAUGUUAACUCACUAAACAACAGGUAUUGGAGUAGUGAAGAUCCUCGUGCCCUAAUUCGCCUUCCCUUUAUGACCAAAAGUUAGGCAUAUGGUGUGUGAUUAGCACAAACCAUAUCAUUGGGCCAGUAUUUUAUGAAGGAACUCUUGAUGCUGAACGAUACAUUAAUGAAAUAAUCCACUUUUCAUGAAUUUGGUGCCUGCAGAAGAAAGAUUCGGUUAUUUUAUGCAAAACGGUAUUACCCCAUACACAGCUAAUGAAACUAUCCAAGCAUUACGCAGUGUGUUUGGGGAACUAAAUGGGGAGGAUAGAAUUAUUAGCAAGGUUUGUUGCCCCCUAGGUCCCCAGAUCUAAACCUCUAUAAUUUUUAUUUGUGGGGAAAAUUCAAAGUUGUGUAUGCCAACAAACCACAUGACCUGGAGGCUCUAAAACAUAAUAUUUGUGAAGCAAUUUACAACGUUCAGCAACAUAAAUUGCUACAAGUUUCCUGAAACCUGUUUAAAAGAAUUCAGACAUGUCUCACAGCAGAGGGCAGACAUUUUGAACAUCUUCUGUGAUGAAUACUCCAAAUGAACAAUAUCUCUGUGGUGAGAAUGAUCCGUAUUCCCGUCAUCAGAACACGUGUAGUGCACAGCAUCCAUGUACUGAAGGGUGUCAUAAAUCAUUCAGUCCAAAGAUUCAUCACAAGGUGGAUCAACGCAUACGCAGUCAUGAGCGUCCAUAUUCCUGUCGUGUGUGUAAUAAAUCAUUCCGUAGAAUGGAUGUUCUGAAGGAACAUAAAAGUGUACAUAGUAGGGAGCGUCCAUACUCCUGUGAUGUAUGUAACAAAUCAUUCAGUAGACAGAGAUACCUGAAGUCUCAUCAAGAUAUAAUACAUAGCGAGGUGCGUCUAUAUUCCUGUGAGGUGUGUAAUAAGUCAUUCACUUAUUUCAGUCAGUUGAAGAGACAUCGUCACAUACAUAGUGCGGAGCGUCCGUACUCCUGUGAUGCCUGUAAUAAGUCAUUCAAGUGCAAAAGUACUCUGAAGGAGCAUGAACGUAUACAUAGUGUGGAUCGCCCAUAUACGUGUGAUGUGUGUAAUAAAUCAUUUACUACUAUCAGUCAUAUGAAGAAACAUCAACGCAUACAUAGCGGGGAACGUCCUUAUUCAUGUGAUGUGUGUAAUAAAUCAUUUAGUAGAAAAAGCGAUAUGAAGGUUCAUCAACGUACACAUAGUGGUGAGCGUCCAUAUUCCUGUUCCUUUUGUAAAAAAUCGUUCCAUAGGAAGCAACAUUCAUGCACACGUAGUGGGGAGCGUCCAUAUUACUGUGAUGAGUGUAGUAAGUCAUUUCGUAUGAAGCGUGCCCUGGUGAUACAUCAGCGCAUACAUAAUGGAGGGUAUCCAUAUUCUUGUGAUGUUUGUAAGAAAUCAUUCCUUUUUCAGAGUCAUUUAAAGAGACAUCUGCGUAUACAUAGUGGGUAGUUUCCAUACCCUGAGGGGAUGUAUGUGAUGCGUUUUAGUAUGAAGGUAAUUUGGAAGUAUGUAUAAGUAUUCAGAAGUCACCAUACUGUUGUAAUUGUAGUAAUCAUGUCAUGUCAAUCAUAAAGUAUAGAGGCAGUAACAUGUACAAGUUGAACUUCUCAGUAUAGAGCUCCUCUGAACUACAUAUCUUUUCAGUUGUAAAGUCAGCUAAAAAAUCGUGUUCUACAAAGUAUGAAAUCAAUAUUUCAAUAACAUUAUUGCAUCCUCUUUGGCACCUGCUGUAUAGUAAUUUGUAUUUGUGAUUGACUUUUCAAUGGCUAGUCUUACCACAGUUGGGUCAUUCCAUGUUAAAUAAACACAGGUCACAAACUAACGAACUCAAAACAGAAUGCUUUACAUUUAUUAAUGCAAGAUAAUAUAAAAUGGCAAAUUUAUAAAAAUAAAUGUUUUUACAAUCAUAGCAUUAAGAUUAUUACUGUGAAUUGAAUAAGUCUUGGAGAAAAAUAUGGGGAAAUAUUUUAAAUUAUUACAACAAACAAUACCUCUACUGAGACAAAACUGAACAAGCUGUACAUCUGCAGGUCCAAACAUGCCUGGUUUGCAUUGUUUAAUAUUUAGCUUAUUGGUGAGUCAUCCUGUAUUUUCUGUAUUGGCAGGUGUGAUGAGGUUUCGUGUGUUCUGGGCUGUCUGAACAGAAAGCUGUACUGCUCAGUGAUCUUUGGGCAUAUUUACUUCAUGCUGCAAAUUUUGGUGAUGCAAUGUGCUUACAGUAAUUAUGAAUCUCAUGUCAUGAGUAUGUUAUACUGUAACCUGUUUAAUGAAAGUGAAUAUAUUAAUGUCAGAAACAACUUGAGAAACACACUUUCUUAGAUGUCUGAAAAACUUCCUCACCUGAAUAAUGAUUGUAAGUUCUGUGUGGUGAGAGUUGCAAGAGGCCAUCAAAGGUGAAGCGUACUUUAAAUAAACAGAAACAUGGUAGUGACAGUGAUGAGACUGAACAGUUUCCUUAACUGAAAGUUUGCAGUUGUUUGGUUAGUCAUCUAUCAAAAAGAAAAGACUAGGCAAGGUUAAAUUUAAAGAAUAUUUCCAAAUGAAUGGGUUUGAUGAAAAUAUUUUAAGUUCUUCAGUUAUAGAUAAAAGAACAAUGUUUGUACAUUACCUGGUGUACUCAAUACUGCAGAAAUCAUGUUCCAGGCAUUAUCCUGCAUGUUCUGGUUGCGAUAUUCUUCUAACCCUUUGUUCCACAAACAUGGAUACGUCCUUACUUCUUCAAUUAAUUCCUCCAGUGUCAUUUUCAUCUAAGCGAAUACUGUGCUGAAUGAUAUGUAACACAUGUUGUAAUCAGAGUGGGAAAUUACUGAGGCACACAGCUGACACCUGGAAGCGACGUUUUAAAAAUAUAGCCGAGAAUCAAACACUCUGUGAUGCAGCUAACAUAGGGAACAUAGCAUAUGUAGCGUAUGGAAGUCUGUGUGGUCAGCUGCAUUGGCAAUAAAAGGAGAUGUUUUUCUGUUCGUAUAGUGAACAUAGCGUACGUAGCACUCUGUGUGGCCGCACCUUAAUGCAAUAAAAAAUUCAUACCAAAAUUGGGGUACAGUGAAAUACUGAGUUCCCCAAGGAUCAGUUCUAAGGCUUUUGCUUUUCAUGAGAUAUAUAUAUAUAUAAAUGACCUCCCUCCAGCAAUAAAUACUUUCAGUACCUGUGAUAUUUGCUGAUGAGUAUCAUAAUUUAUAGUAAACAUUUUGGUAAUGUUUGUGUAUUGUCAAACAGCUCUCUCUCGUGAGAAAAAUGGCAACCAAACAGCACCCAAUGGAAAAUCCUACCAGGCACCCCUCCCCCUGUUCGAUGUUACCUUAACAAGAACCUUAAUAACCUUAUCAAGAGAUAUUCAAGCUGAAUAGCCUUAACCAUAUUACCACUGAGGUAGAGUGAUACAGAGCUCAGACAGGCCUUGCACAGUGCUGCAAAUGCUAAAAUUUCAGCCAUGUCUGGGCCAAUUGCAAGCAACCUCUUCUAUGAUUCUGGUGCAUAGAGAAUACCCUGAAUAUACAAAUACAGGAUCUACGCCCAACUGCUGAAACAGCACCCUAGGAGAAUGAGAGAAACUUCAUCCAGUGUCAUACCGAGGCUGCAGCCAUGGAAAAGGAGAAGAGCACAAUGAACUCCCAAAUGACCCUCUGGGAGGACGUUCUUCUCUAAAUACACCUCACUAGAGCAGUACGUCAUAGCUGCACUGCAUCAAGACACGCAGCGUCAGCAACCCCAGGCACUGCAGACNAGAAAAUCCCCCCCCCCAAUGCUGCAGAAUCUGCCACAACAGGGAAUUCAGAAGACAUUUGUCAGUACAGGCUCCUGGUUCACCUAAUAAUGGUGUAUUAAAAAUCGCCACUGCAUUGCAAUAGAUCAUCACAGAGCUUAGUGAAGCUGUCAGAAAACGAAAACAAUGGUUAUUAUAAAAAUGGUACUUAACUAAUGAAUCAAAAUGUGUUAAGUAUUUCUCAUUGCAGUAAUUGACAGAGUGUAUGUGGUGUGCAUAAAAUACAAUUGCCCUAAAUGGGACGCUGCAUGAGUGCGUCAAAGACUAUAUUCACAACACCACUACGACGUGGAUGAGAUAAAUACGAACACAACAUUUUAAUGGUUUUAGUUCAGUUUUAUAUAAGAGAUACAUAACACACAGCACAGUAUUAUUACACUUAGAUGAAAACACUGGCCAAUGUAGGGAGAAAUAAUUUUACAGAAAAACAGAAGUGAACAUGAAAAUGUGUGUCUGAUGAUGGCCGAAACAUGCUAUAUGUGAAUCUAAUGUAGUGUACUUAUACACAUAAACUGUAGUGUCUGAAAUAAAUAAUAAAAGAAAGAAA